GCAAGUAGUGUAGCGGCUACGCGAACGGAGUGGCGGGGGACCAAUGGCGGCGCGUCGGAGGCGAUCACGUGGCAUGCUCCAUGUCGUUACGUGUAUACUCGAGCGACCGAGAGGGCGCGACCUGCGGGACCGAGAGAGACGGACUUUCGGGGCGAGUGCGUAAACACGAGGGAGAUAGGUUAGAUUCGUAUUAAAGAGAAGGAGAGUGCGACGGUGGCUAGGCGGCGGCGGGGGGGGAGGGGUGGGUAGCACACAUACGCGCAAUAUGCCCUUAUACUCCGACCGCGUACUCUCGCGGGCAGACGUAUUCAUUGGUAUAUACGGUAUAUACACAUACACGCCGCGGUAAACGUAGAAACGAAAGAGCGAGAAAGGGAGAGAGGGAGAGAAACGGACCAAGCGAGCGCCGUUACGAUAAAAGACAAGUUUUUCGGAGAGCGUAUUCGCUUCGCAGAGCUGUUCAAUGGUUGUGGCAGCUAUGCUCCACGCUGUCGUCGUCGCCGCCGCCGCCGUAGGGCGCUUAACUAGCUAGUUCCGACGGGCCACCGUCUCGGUGCUCGUCAGUUAAUAAACGAGCACGAGUACGUUACGACGCGCUAGCGCGACUCGGAUCUCGUCGUCGUCGCUACCGCCGCUACCACCGUCACCGUCUCGCUGUUGCCGUUGCCACCAUCGUCGUCCACCGCCGUUAACCGUCUCCCCCCGAAGAUGACCAUAAUAGUAUUUUUGAUCGACACGUCGGCCUCCAUGAAUCAGAGGGCUUAUUUGGGUGGGCGGCCCACGCUCUUGGACGUAGCCAAGAGCGCCGUGGAAACCUUCGUCAAGGUACGACAGAGAUCGCCGGAGAGCCGCGGGGAUCGUUACAUGCUCCUGACCUUCGAAGAUCCACCUCAGAACAUUAAGGCAGGAUGGAAGGAGAACUUGGCAACCUUUAUGAACGAACUCAAAAACUUACAAUGUGUCGGUUUGACAACGUUAGGUGCCGCCUUGAAGCACGCGUUGGAUGUGCUGAACAUAAACCGUAUGCAGACUGGUAUAGAUACAUACGGCCAAGGGAGAUGUCCGUUUUAUUUAGAACCAUCCGUUAUAGUUGUUAUAACAGACGGAGGAAAAUAUACGACUAACAGCGGAGUCCACCAAGAUUUUACGUUGCCGAUGCAUUCCCCAAUACCCGGAUCCGAACUGACAAAGGAGCCAUUUAGAUGGGACCAAAGAUUGUUCUCUUUGGUGCUGCGUUUAUCAGGAACACCAGCCGUCGAACGAGACAUCGGCUUGGUGGCGAGUGACGCAUCACCAAUAGAUGCAAUGUGUGAAGUGACCGGAGGUCGUUCGUACUGCAUUACAUCGUUCAGGAUGAUGAUACAGUGCAUAGAUUCUCUGGUGCAGAAAGUUCAAUCAGGUGUAGUGAUAAAUUUCGAGAAAAUCGGUCCUGAUCCACCGCCGUUAGCCAACGAGGCCCCACAACAUCAGGACGAGGAGGAAAAUGAGGACGAUGGUAACGCAACGAACGGACCGCGCACUCAGUAUCCCAACGCGUUAGCGCCGGGAAACACGGCUUGGUAUUCCUGCAGACGCCUGAUCUACGUACCGCGGUCAGCCCAGAAGGGGUUUGCGGUAGGUUUUUGGCCGAUUCCGGAAAGCUUCUGGCCGGAUCUUAGCGCCAGCUCAUUACCGCCACGAUCGGCGCAUCCGAAUGUGAAAUUCACGUGCACCAGCCAGGAGCCAAUGGUGAUCGAAAACUUACCGUUCGACAAGUACGAGCUGGAACCAAGUCCCCUGACGCAGUACAUCCUAGCGCGGAAACAGCCGACAACAUGUUGGCAAGUGUUUGUUGCCAAUUCGUAUAAAUCAAGCGAAGUGGGCCACCCGUUCGGUUAUUUGAAAGCUAGUACAAACUUAACUUGUGUAAAUCUCUUCGUCAUGCCUUAUAAUUAUCCCGUGCUGUUACCGCUGCUGGAAGAGCUCUUCAAGGUACAUAGGCAAAAACCGACACCUGAAUGGAGGGCGCAAUUCCAGGGUUAUAUAAGGACCAUGCCUACCUAUUACGCCGCCUCGUUGAGGAGAGCGUUAACCAGGAUGGGUGCGUCCGCGCCUCUAGCACAAACCUUGAUACCCGAUAACAUGGAUAAUUCUUUAUCAUAUAGUGUUUUAAAUUAUUUAAAACGGUUAAAGAAUCAAGCUAAGAUCGAAUUUGAUCGGCUGUGUAACGAAGUUAUUUCCAAGCAAGUCGCUGCUUCGAAUCUUACGAAGAAUUUAUCUAACUGUACGACGAGUGUGGUGACGGAAGGGGUGAGAGUUGUACCGAAGACACCGUUGAAAAAAGAUUUGGUGUCCCAUCCUUUGUUACAAGACAAGUUCACGGGUCUCCGCGAUCAACUGAACGAGUUCGGAGGUUUCGUUGUCGGGUUAGUGAAGAAUCAACAGCAGCAACGUGGUGCGCACAGUUAUAGGAAUGCCUUCGACGUGCCGAGAAAGUCCCUGCUCGAUCAAGUCGUGCGAAUGCGCGCAAAUUUCCUGCAACCCGGCUUGUUGCAUACAAAAUUACUCGACGAUGAUUACGUUCAUUCGAUGCCUUUAGCCCAAAUGGGAAAUUAUCAGGAAUACCUAAAACGUAUGACUCCGCCGUUGAGAGAGAUUGAAAGUGUACCAGUUAGACAGCAUAUGUUCGGUAAUCCCUUCAAAAUAGACAAAAGGAUGAUGGUAGAUGAGGCGGAUAUUGAUAUAGUCGGCGCAACAUCCUCAACAUCGAAAGGCGGUCUCAAGCGUACCUUGCCGCAAUCGGAUAACGCAGGCUCAUCCUCCCCGAAGCCACCUCCUAACAAGAGGAAGCCUGGACCCAUACCGAAAGACGUGAUCGUUCGACGACCCUCGUAUAGUAAUACUCCACCGAGUUCCCCGAUUCCUUGGAUGAUGGAGGACACGAAGAGUCAAGUGACGGUGACAGUAACAGCAGCAGCAGCAGCAACAACACCAGUCGCCGAUACGAACACUCCGCCGAUCUUAUCUUGUUUGCCCAACGUAUCGCCGGGUCACGCGUCGUUACCGUGUUCAAGCGCGUCCGAAAAGUUGGUAAACGGUCUCGCGGAAAUGCCAAUCAUACCAGUUUUCGAACCAAUCCCGGUGGAACACGUUAACAAUCAUAUGGACACGCCGCCCGUUUUGACGCCGAUAGUUAACAAUGUCGAUGCAAUAUCGAAGGGUGAUGUUAAAAGUGAACGAACGGAUAAUGUGAAGAACGAGUGUAAUCGGUUACCGGUUAAUGAUUGUAUCGAGAAUAAUAUGCGAGUGGACAGUGCCGCUGAUGAGAGACUGACGAAUCACGUAGAAGAAAAACGCGAGCCAAAGACCGAGAAAGAGAAGAAGCUGACGAAGAAGGAAUUGGAGGACAUCAGGCGGCACAAUUUGAAUAUACGGGAACUUGUUUACAAGGAAGUGCGAAGAAGAGGGAAAAAUUACGCAACACUGUUCUCACAUUUACAUCAAGUUCAGGGGACCCUAGAUAUACGACUUGCGUUUGUAAAAGACAUAGUAAAAGAAUCAUUACGCUUUAAACGACGUAACUUGGCGUCACUGUUAGAAGAAUAUCUUAAAACCAUUCAAGAGGACGGUUGCGCUAUAAAUCACAAGCUGAAUCACAAUGGUGCCACGAAGAUAAGUUGUUAAGAUAUGCGUAACCAGGACAUUGUCUUAAUAGUGUGAAGAACAUAAAUUGCGAAGGAGCUCUUGUGCAAGUUUUUGCCAAAGAUUUUUAGUAGUGGGUUUCGAUCUUUUCGAAAUAAGAUUACUUUUGAUAAUCAGUGGAAAAAAUUGCGCAAUUUUGAGGUCCUAGCAAAUUUCAAUAGCAUUCUCGACGUCAACCAUGUCACUUUUGUUUAUCUUUUGGCUUUGUAAAUUAUCAAUAGAAAUUUUAGAUAUAUGUCACAUGGAAGGGUGCUAGCUUAAUGUUAGGACAGCUGCUUGACGAGUGAAAGAUCAGGGUCCGACUCCUGGACUUGUCAUCCCGUUUAUAUAACACUAAGAAUUUUGUUUGGGAAGAAUAUUCUGAUACGUAAUAUGUAUAUUUUCGUGAAAAUGCUUAUAUAAAAUUUAAAAGUUUGGAAGCUUUUAGAUAUCACUCUGCAGACAUAAAUUAAAGCAAUGAUUUUUAUCACUCCAUUAGUAAUCUGAA